AUGACCCAUCUUCUUAUUGCUGGAACUUCUGCUGCACGACCUAUUUAUGGAAGAAUGACUACUUCUACACUGAUAUACACGAAUAAUGGUGAGGAUUUGUAUUUAGUCGAUUGUGGAGAUGGAAUUACUAAUGUAUUAACACAAUUUGGUGUUCCUUUAGAGAAGAUACGAGGUGUUAUAAUUACUCAUUCACAUUCAGAUCAUGCAAGUGGUAUUGCUGGGUUUGUUCAUUCAGUAGUAUUUGGAACAUCAGUAGAAUUAAUUAUUGCUGCCCCAAAAGGAAUUCAAAAAUUGAUCGAUGUUGUUUUUGAAUAUUCUGGUGAUACAGUUCCUAAAACAGUCUCUUAUAUAGAUUUAAGUGAUGACCAAAUUACUCAUUUCUCUAUUAAAAAUACUUCAUUUACAAGUGUCCCAAUUCCUCAUCAUGGGUCUAUUAAAGGUCAUGGCAUUAUUUGUCAAACUCAUUACACUAAUCAUCAAGACACAUCAAUCGCAAUUACUGGUGACACCAAUGACUCUUCUUUACUUGCUGAAUAUAUUGUUCAACAAAAUAUUCAAUUAAAUAUAUUAUUACAUGAAUGUACAUUUGCAAGUGAUCUUAAUGAAAACGCAUAA